AUAAUGCGUCGAAAAUGUGUUUGCUAACCGCCAUUAAACAAUAGAAGAAGACGAAUGUCGGAGAAGAAGAUGGCCCACUGACAAGAGAACAAUCCUUGUAGCAAUAUCAGACAAUAAAGUAACGUUACUUGGGUACAUUUUGAAUGUUAAUCUUUGAACGCAUUGUUGUGUGGUUUUAUUCUUUUACAAGUAUCAUCGAAAAUGAUCCUUACCGUAAAACCUCUUCAGGGAAAAGAAUGCAGCGUACAGGUGACAGAAGACGAAAAGGUCUCCACAGUGAAGGAACUGGUGUCUGAACGUCUCAACAUACCAGCAAACCAGCAGCGGUUGCUGUAUAAAGGGAAAGCGCUUGCAGAUGAACACAGACUGAGUGAUUACUCCAUUGGUCCUGAGGCUAAAUUGAAUCUGGUAAUCCGUCCAGUGGGAGACAGAACCGGAGCUUCAGGGACGGCUGCCAGCGGCAGCAGCAGCAGUGGCUCACACGGUGGAGUGUGGCACAUGGUGUUCACCAUACUUGCUAGGCACUUCAGUCCAGCAGAUGCAGCAAAAGUCCAUGAACAGCUCAUUAAGGACUAUGAACGUUCUCUUCGACAGCUCAGUCUUGAUGACAUUGAGCGUUUAGCGGGAAGACUGCUUCACCCAGAUGGCGAAAGCAUGGACACAUCAUAUAUGGACUAAGAAUGCCUCGCUGGAAGCUGCUCUUUGUGAUCGUCUUUCAAGAGGCACUCGGUGCUUGAGGAUGCAUACGGUUUUUUUAAGGCAUGGAAAAUACAGUGUCAGUUUUGUUGCAAAGCCCCUGUUGUGUGCCUAAUCAGUGGCUGAGUGAACACUGAUAACACUGACUGGCGAUUGUUUCAGCAAUAGGGCUUUCUUAUCCACAACCGGAGGGCUGGAUAAGAAAACUUGGCCAUUUUGAACUGAUUCUUGUCACUGAUGUUGCAGUAAUGACAUAAGACUCAAUCACAUUGUAUUAGAAUACAAAGGAAUCCAUUUAUGCUGUUGGUUUCACAUUAUCUCUGGCUGCUACAACCCCAGGAGACACUACUGGAGGGUAUUUAUUAGUCAACUGUGUUGGAUGAGGACUCUCUGUUUUCUAUUAACCAUAAGUGAGAAAGUAAUACGUUUUAUCCCAUAAGUAACUGAUGGUCAUAUGAUUUGUAAAUAAUGUUUAUAGAUAUACAGACAUUAAAGUACAGAAAAGAC